AACAGCUGGCAGGCAGCAAGUUACUCCUGGGAAUAUCCUGGGGUGAAUUUUAGAGUAGUAGUCACUGUUGCUUAUGCACAGCCUUCUGCAGUUCUUUGCCCUGGGCUGGGAGAGCUGUGGUAGGUAAGUGGUGGGACUAAGAAGUUCAGAAAGGAAUCUGACCGGCUGAGUCUGUGUCACUCCCAAGAAAUUUGUGCUGGAACUUUGAUGUCCCAAGGGAUUUGGCAUUAGUGCCUUUUAAUGCAUUCUAUUUCUAUACUUGUCCCUACAAGUCUGCAUAUAUGUACUGAAUAUUAGCCAGGACUCUAGAUAAACAGGAUAAAAUAUCAAAUGAUAAAAAUAACUGUACACAUCAAGGGGUACCUUCUGCAGUAUCUUCUUCUGGGUUUUAAAGGGUAUAAUGACCUCGUUUGACUUCACUUGCAAAUAAAGGUAUCUGACACCUGAGACAGUUGAACUAUAAGGUAGACAACAGAAUAAAACCCGAAGAAUAUUUUCCAUAAGAAAAUGUAAAACAGAUAGAUACCCUACUUUUUCAUUUAGAAGGUUUAUUGAAAAGUUCUGGAGACAAAUCACUAUUAUUCCUGGUUCUACUUAUUCUAAAUUCUGUGUUACGCUAUACUAUUUUCUUAGAUAUUGUUGUUAAAAAAAAAAAAAAGUGUCUGAAAAACCUCUGGAUAUUACAUUAUAUAUAGCAAUAAUGAACAUAGAUACAUAGGAUACAAUCUCACAUUGGGCAUCUAAAGUUUUUGACGUACUCUUCCUUCAGAAAUGUUAAUAUUCUUAACUUGAAACACACAUACAGACAAAAUAGUUAUAGAUGACUCCUUUGAACAAUUAAGCACAUGAAUUAACAUCUGCAGCCUUGAAGAAAACUAAUGCAAGUGACCACAUUCUUAUAACAGAAAUGAUUCAAAGAGCUCUGCUUUGCUAUAAACUUAUAUCCCUGCAAAUUCUUUUGAGCCAAGGUUCCUGUUGAACUCCAAGUUAAAUUCUGUAAUCAGAGCAUGUGAACAAAAUUAGUUGUGAUAUUUGGGUCUAAUCCAUGAAGAUCAUUGUGAUUGACAAAUUUUAAUUCCUUCCAAAAGAAAAUGAAAAACAUAAUUAGUUUGGUAGAUAAUUUUUGAAUCGGCAAGACUUAAAGUAAUUUUUGUGAACUGCUGAGCUUAAAAUCUGUUUUUAAGUCAUUCUUUAAUGUGGUGGGAAAAAUAGAAGGAAUAUCCGUUUUGCCUUUUUCAUCUAACUUUUCAAUCGUUAUGCUGAAUUUUCUAACAUAAUUUUCUGUUGUUCUUAAAAUGAAAUUUGUUGCUGAAAAGUAUCAUCUUCAAUAUAAAGCUUCCCUGAGGAGGGCAGUAGCAGAAGCAGGAAGAGAACUUAGGAACAUUUUUCUCUUUUCUCAGAUAGGAGAUAUAUUUUAGAACGUUUGCCUUUUUUCUUUUAGUCAUCUGGUUCCAUUUUCUGUUGUUUGUUUGUCUGGAGGAAAAAAAAAAAAAAGAUUAUUUUUUUAAUGUCAGUGUUCUGUUCUUUUACAAAAGAAAAAGGGAAAAGACAAAAAUGUAAUAAGAGCAAUUGAAAUAGCAUAGCCAGAAGAGCUAGAUCUUGAUCUCCUUCCUAAUGUGAGAUUGGAAGGAACUUCUGGAGGUCUCUGGUCCUACUCCACACUCAAAGGAGAGUCAACUACACCAGGUUGCCUUGUCCACUUGAGUUUUGAAUAUCUCCAAAGAUGAUAAGUGUGAAUACUUAGGAAGGACUUUAAACUUCUCUGUAUAUACAGGUAUAUAAAGAUGUUAAAAUGAUGAAACCCUCUCUCCUUCUGGAGCAGCGCACAGCAGCCAUGACAUCUCCUUUGGUCCUCCAUGGAAGGUACGCUGUAGCCUGCUGCUGAACUGUUAUGACAUGUCUCUAGCAAUCAGAAAGAAAAGCUGGGAAGAGCAUGUGACCCAGUGGAUGGGAUUGGCUUUGGAGUCUGUGGAGUAUAAUACAGCAUGUCGUCACGGACUCGUAGCUGAUAACUUGCAGACAAGUAUGGAAAAAGAUGAGGUUUUGAGUGUGGACCGGAAAGAAAAAUGCGCUUCGUUUCCAGAAUGCUGUCACAGUGGAGAGCCGAUUGGCUUCCCUGCAAAGCAGCUUGGAAAUGUUUCAAAGGAGGUGGAUGAAAAUGAUAACCAUGAAGAUGAGGAGCAUUUUCUGGAGGCCAGCACAGAAACUCUAGUCCAUGUGUCUGAUGACGAUGAUGACUAUUCGACACUCAACCUGGAUAGUGUUAACUACCACAUCACUGCUGUUGGAAGGGAACCAGAAGCUGAAGAAAAGAAUUUAAAUGGAGCAGGCUCCUUAGCACAGAUGGUACCAAUGAUGGAGGGUAACAAGGAAACUGAAGCAUCUGGCAUAAUUGGGGAUAUUAGUAAGAAACCUGGUUGUGACAUAGUUCCUAAAGAGGAGAUGGAAGAAGACACUUGUGGCAGUAUUGGAAAAAGCCUGGAGCUUUGUAAUUAUGAAGGCUUAAAUGAAGUAGUAAGUGUAGAGAAAGAAAAUCUUUCUAAUUCUCCAAAUGUGAAAGAAAUUAUUAUGCCUGGGAAACAGCUGCUUCAUACUGCUGUAAUUGCACAACAGCGCAGGAAAUCUGAUGCUUUUAAAGAUGGGCUUGGAAAGUCUGAGUGUAAUGUGGUCGAGAGUGGGAUUUCUUCUGAUUCAUGGACCAGCAGUGAUAGACAACCAUGUUCAUCAGUGGAAUCCAGCAACUGCCUUAUGCAAUCUUCUCCUUGCUCUCACAUCCCAGCAGUGGAAAAUGGUCUGGAUGAAAGUGGUUUCACAGAACCUCAAGUGGCCCCUGAAAACAAAUGCCUUUCAAAUGUCAGUUCAGCAGAAGAUAUUCAGUGUUUACAUUUAAGGAAUCAUUUGACCACACAAGAAUAUUCAGACAGUCAAGUGAAACUGCGCAAAAGAAAGGAAAUAACAGAAGAUCGGGAUCGACCACGACUGGAUUCAAUGGUGCUGUUAAUUAUGAAACUGGACCAGCUGGAUCAGGAUAUUGAAAAUGCUCUCAGUGCAGGCUCUUCUCCAUCCAGCACCCCAACAUACAAACGGAGGCAUAUACCUGAUGUUGAAUCUGGUUCUGAAAGCGGAGUGGAUGUUGCUUCAGUAAGUCACUCACAAACAAACCUAUCUCCUAACAUUCAAACUCCUGACCCAGCACCAUCCUGUUCAGCAGCCAGUUCUGGAGCUAAACCAAAGGCUGGGGCUAUGCCAGUUAUUUCAGAGAAGGAGAAGGCUGAAAUCGAGGCCAAGGAAGCUUGUGACUGGCUGCGGGCUGCUGGCUUCCCGCAGUAUGCACAGCUCUAUGAAGGUAGGCACCAGGGCUGUUCCCAUCAGCACCCCAGCCUGCAAGAUCUCCUCUUUCCAAUUGACAUCGCUCUAGUCAAGCGAGAGCAUGACUUCCUGGACAGAGAUGCUAUUGAGGCCCUGUGCAGGCGCUUAAAUACUUUAAACAAAUGUGCAGUGAUGAAGCUAGAAAUCAGUCCCCACAGGAAAAGGAGUGAAGAUUCAGAUGAAGAUGAACCAUGUGCAAUAAGUGGCAAAUGGACUUUUCAAAGGGACAGCAAGAGGUGGUCGAGGCUUGAGGAGUUUGAUGUGUUCCCUCCAAAGCCAGACUUGAAUAUCUCCUCCCCAGAAGCUCCCCACCUUACAAACGCAGCAAGCCGUGAGAGCGUGCUCACAGACCUCAGCGAGCGGCAGGAGGUGGCUUCAAUUCUCAGCAUCAGCAGCACCAGCAGCCACCAACCAACCCUGCAGAGCGAGGCAUCUACCACCAGGACAAAUUCCGUUGUGAGCGUUUGUUCGUCGAGCAAUUUUGUAGCAAAUGAUGACUCAUUCAGCAGCCUGCCCUCGCCCAGGGAGCUGAAUAGCUUCAGCUUCAACACAAAAGCAAAUGAGAAGAACACCAAAUCUAAAACAAAGAGCCUGCUUAAGAGAAUGGAGAGCCUGAAAAUCAAGAGCUCUCACCAUGGCAAGAACAAAGCUCCUUCAAAGCUUGGCCUUAUUAUUAGUGGGCCCAUCCUGCAGGAGGGCAUGGAUGAAGAUAAGCUGAAGCAACUUAACUGUGUGGAGAUUUCUGCCCUCAAUGGCAACCACAUCAGCCUCCCCAUGGUACGAAAAAGGAGCGUCUCCAAUUCCACCCAGACCAGCAGCAGCAGCAGUCAGUCUGAGACGAGCAGUGCCGUCAGCACACCCAGCCCUGUCACGCGAACGCGCAGCCUCAGUGCAUACAAUAAAAGGGUGGGCAUGUACCUGGAAGGCUUUGACCCCUUCAACCAGUCAACCUUCAGUGAUGUGAUGGAGCAGAACUUCAAGAACAGGGGAAGCUUUGCAGAAGACACCGUGUUUUUUAUCCCAGAAGAUCAUAAGCCCGGCACUUUUCCCAAAGCACUCUCCAAUGGCAACUUCUCCCCAACAGAAAGCAAUGCUUCCGUGAACUGGAGGACGGGGAGUUUCCAUGGCCAUGGCCAUCUCACCCUCCGGAGGGAAAACAGUGGAGACAGCUCCAAAGAGCUGAGCAUGGGAAAACGGCGCAACUCUGCUAGCUCAUUGAGCAGCCGCCUGAGCAUUUAUGACAACGUGCCAGGCUCGAUCCUGUAUUCCAGUACGAGCGACUUGGCCGACCUUGAAAACGAAGACAUAUUCCCAGAGCUAGACGACAUCCUGUACCAUGUGAAAGGGAUGCAGAGAAUAGUAAACCAGUGGUCAGAGAAGUUCUCGGACGAAGGGGACUCUGACUCAGCGCUCGACUCCAUCUCCCCCUGUCCUUCCUCCCCAAAGCAGAUCCACCUCGACGUAGAUAACGAUCGAACAACACCGAGUGACCUUGACAGCACAGGGAAUUCACUAAAUGAAACAGAAGAGCCUUCAGGGAUGCAGGACAGAAGGGACUCUGGGGUGGGUGCGUCUCUGACACGGUCCAGCAGGCACAGGCUGAGGUGGCACAGCUUCCAGAGCUCCCACCGGCCCAGCCUCAGCUCGGCGUCUCUGCAGAUCAACUGUCAGUCCGUGGCACAGAUGAACCUGCUGCAGAAGUACUCGCUCCUCAAGUUAACCGCUCUGCUGGAGAAGUACACACCUUCCAACAAGCAUGGUUUCAGCUGGGCAGUACCAAAAUUUAUGAAAAGGAUAAAGGUGCCAGACUAUAAAGACCGAAACGUAUUUGGAGUACCACUGCAAGUCAAUGUUCAGCGCACUGGGCAGCCUCUUCCACAGAGCAUUCAACAAGCCAUGCGGUAUCUUCGCAACCACUGCCUGGAUCAGGUUGGACUAUUUAGGAAAUCUGGAGUCAAAUCAAGAAUUCAGGCUUUACGUCAAAUGAAUGAGAGUUCAGCAGACAGCGUCAACUACGAAGGCCAGUCUGCUUACGAUGUAGCAGACAUGUUAAAGCAAUUCUUCCGUGACCUGCCCGAGCCCCUCAUGACCAACAAACUCUCUGAGACCUUCUUACAGAUAUACCAGUAUGUGCCAAAGGAUCAGCGUCUCCAGGCUAUCAAGGCUGCCAUUAUGCUUUUACCUGAUGAGAACAGGGAGGUCCUCCAGAUUCUUCUCUAUUUCCUGAGUGAUGUCACAGCUGCAGUGAAGGAGAACCAGAUGACACCAACAAACCUGGCGGUGUGCUUAGCACCUUCCCUCUUCCACUUAAACACUCUCAAAAGAGAGAAUUCCUCCCCAAGGGUGAUGCAACGAAAACCAAGCCUGGGAAAACCUGAUCAGAAAGACCUAAAUGAAAAUUUGGCUGCAACCCAAGGGCUAGCCCAUAUGAUUGCUGAAUGCAAGAAGCUCUUCCAGAUACCUGAAGAAAUGAGCCGGGGCAGAAACUCGUACACAGAGCAGGACCUGCGUCCCCUCAGCCUGGAGGAGCUCAGGGGCAACAGCAGCACCACGGAGCCCUCCGACUACCACUGCUACCUCCAGGACUGCGUGGACGACUUGCUGAAGGAAAUGAAGGAGAAGUUUAAAGGCUGGGUCAGCUGUUCCACCUCAGAGCAAGCAGAACUGGCCUACAAGAAGGCAUGUGAAGGUCCCCCACUCCGGUUAUGGAAAACUACCAUUGAAAUUGCUGCCACACCAGAGGAAGUUUUAAAUCGUUUACUUAAGGAGCAGCAUCUUUGGGAUGAAGAUCUUAUAGAUUCGAAAGUAAUUGAACCUUUGGACAGCCAGACAGAUAUCUACCAGUAUGUCCAGAACAGCAUGGCACCUCAUCCAGCCAGGGACUUUGUAGUCUUAAGAACAUGGAGAACAAACUUUCCCAAAGGAGCUUGUGUGCUUUUAGCAACUUCAGUGGAUCAUGACCGUGCUCCAGUGGCAGGUGUCAGAGUCAAUGUGCUCCUGUCUAGGUAUCUGAUUGAGCCCUGCGGGUCAGGAAAAUCGAAGCUUACCUACAUGUGCAGAAUUGAUUUAAGGGGCCACAUGCCAGACUGGUACACCAAGUCUUUUGGACACUUGUGUGCAUCUGAAGUAGUUAAGAUACGAGACUCUUUCACUCAUCAGAGUCUUGAGAGCAAGGAAGUAAAAUCCAGGUGACUACUGAAGAGGAACAGCCGUGUGCUCCACACCUCAGCAACACAGAUGUUACCUAAAACUGAGGCUCGUCUGCUGCAGACCAUCUGAAAGUCAUGUCAUGAAGGGAUGACAGCAUGAGAACUUGACUGUGAGCAUUACCAUAGGACUGUGGCCAUACCAUACACUUUAAAGCUGCUUCCUGUCUGUGUAAGGCCUAUAGUGUAGGCCUCGACUGGAAUACAUAGGAGGACUGUGCAAAGAAAUAAGUAUUGUACUAUUAGAUGGUUUGAUUUGCUUCUGAGAAGCAAAAUUCUUUAAAUGCAAAAUAUAUUAUGAAAUAUGGUGAAGGCUCAUCAUUCCCAUGUGAAAUACUUAGCUUUAUGUAUAUACCCAUGUCAUUUUAUUUGUAGUGCGUUGGGGGACUGGUGUAUCCACUGGAAUAGUUGGUACUCUUCAAUGUGUUCUCACUGAGAUAAGCAGAGAAAGGUUUGCACAGAGAUUAAAGUGUGAAUGAGUGUGUUGAUGGUUGAAAGGAUAGCAGAAGUUGAACUUGAAAUGUGUCUGGUACACUGAUAGGCAGCCAGGAUGGAUUUUAGUAGACUGGAUACAGUUGAACCUAGAAUUUGACUCCUCCGUGGACCAUGAGUUGCCAUCCUUCCCAUUUGCCAGUUCUGCAUUUUCCUCAGCUCUAAUGUUGUUAAAACCCCUACGCAGAUGUUACAAUAGGCUUGCUCUGGUUAGUGUUCACUCCUUAUCCAGAUGAUCUUUUGGGAGUGAUUAGCAAUUCUAUAGCAAUUUUAAGUAAAUAUACUUUCAAGCAACACCGCAGCUUAGAACUGAAAUGCUUAUGCAAUGGUCAAGAGAGCCAGUAAUCUCAAUUGUUAUAUUGCCUAAAAAAUGUUUGUUGCUUUUACUCCUAUCUGUGUUAACUAUAUGUGUUUUAAUGAGCUUUUAUAUAUAUUACUGUCUUCUAACACUCAAGAGGAAAAAGUAAACACUGGAGUCCUGGUGUUGGGAUGUGGCAGGACUCCUGCAGCAGCAGGCAGAGUGUGGUGGGCAGGAAGGGAAGAUUUGUAAGAGUUUGUUCCCUUUCUCUCUCUCCUGUGCUUGUUUUUCCAUAAGCUGCACGUUAAUGUGAACAGAACCUGAAUGUUAGCUAUUUGGGGGCAGAGAGGAAGGUGGGACUUUCUUCUUGUGUUUUUGUUUGUUUUUAAACCCUUUGGGAUGUUCUCCCCUCUGCAACAAUCAAACUACAUGAACUGUAGGAAGUCUUGAGGUCCUCUGGAAAGGUGUCUUUACGUAGGUUUUACUGUAAAGGUAAGGAUUUGCUUUCGAGGUGCAGUAUUAAGUGAUAAAUGUAUUUUGUGGCUAGGGUAUGAAUGAGUUCCAAGAUGGAAUUUUGACUGAGACUUUGUUACCAUUGUCAGUAUUAUUUUAAGCUUUUUGAAGAAGAUUUUUUUUAUUAUGGCAAAUAAUGUAGUACUUCCAGUAACAAUGUUCCUCAUGAGUAGGAAAGCCUUGUAUAUUCUUCUACAUCAAACACUUUUGAAUUUGUAAAAUUGUAUGUUGUACAUACCAUUCUAUUGUAAACAUGUAUACUUGCCCACAGCGUACUGUCAAACAUAGAUAAAGCAUGAUAAAGAUUAUUUAAAAUAUACCUGUAUUUAUACCUCAGAUAUUCUUUUUGGGUUUUUGUACCUCAAGUAUGUUUUCUAUUGUAAAUGUGCUUUACAUGACUAUGAUCUAAGUGAGAGAAAGGAAAAUGUUUAACUUGCUAUAGAUGUCUGUACAGAAUAUACUCAAUAAGUGCACUAUUAAAUGUUUAAAAUUGGAGAAGUGUAA